AUGAAGAAACCUAGGACUAGGAAGCAUGAUGCGGCAGAGGUUAAUGCCAAGCUCCCCCCACCUCCUCGACCUCCUCGACCACCUCGGGGACAAACGUUGAAGAGAGUGAGGGCGAAACCAGAUGCGGUACUGAUCAAGGCAGUGAAAGCGGACGGCGAUGAUCCAACGACCUCUUACGCUACUAUUGCUGCGAGGUUGAAGGAGAAAGUGGACCUCACCUCAAUGGGGGUCACCAUCGAAAGGACGAGGAUGACUAAAGCUGGCAACUUGCUGCUUGAAGUAGGAGGCAAACAACCCGCCCCUAUAGCACUGAGUGAUGCAAUCACGGCAGCUAUAGGAAAUCUAGGAGAAGCAAGUGUGCUCCAGCAAAAGGUAGCGGUUGAGUUCAGAGGUGUUGACGUAACGGCAAAUGAGGAUGACGUUCGUAAUGCGCUGAGGGCUCGCAGCGGCGAGGAACCGUUCAGAAUCGGAAAAAUGAGAAGAUCGCCUGGCGGACAGAAGCAGGUUGAUGCACUCCUCUCACUGAGGGUGGCGGAAGCACUUCUUUUCGAGGGCAGAAUGAAGAUUGGCUGGAGUACCUGUAAGGUGCGCCUUAAGGAGCGCUCCAGUCGGUGCUACAGAUGUCAAGGAUUUGGACACUACGCUGCGAACUGCACUGGUCCAGAUCGCACGAAGACGUGCAUGAGAUGCGGAGAAGAUGGGCAUAUCGCAGUGAGGUGCAACAAGACUCCUUCAUGCCCACUAUGUAGAGACAAUGGUUUCAAGAUCGACCACAUUUCGGGUGGCGAAGCUUGUGACAGCAGGAAGAAUAAAAAACAUUAG